AUACAAUAGGACAAUAUCAAGAGGAAAGCAUGGAACUUGUUGCAGAAAAGCGGGAGCGUCUUCCGGAUAGCCUCCUUGCUCAACUUUUUGGCCUUUUUAUAUGCUGGAAAGUAUCGGUCUGUUUUGGAGCGUCUUCUUUCGAUGCGACUUGUCUAUGCUGACCGCAACUCAAACCGCCAAGCUAGCUUUGAGUUUUUGAAUCGCCAGAUGGUCUGGCAUGCUUUUACAGUAAGAGGCUGAGAUCAUACCGAUGCAAUGGCCUUCAAUUGCUGAACCGGGACCGAAUUACUCAGUUACCCUCCUCGCUUUGCCUUUUGCCUUUCAUAGGAAUUUCUGAUGUUCUUGAUGCCACUGAUCAACGUAUCUAAGCUGAAAAGGAACGUCAAGAAGAUGCUUCUGCCAGCAGCACUCAUGUCCGCAAAUGAAUUGUCUGUUCUUCCAAAUCACAUUUGUGCCAUCUGCCACGAAAAUAACAACACCUCGGCGGCUCCAGGAACAACGACUUCUACCGUUAUCCACAAUCCAUAUAUCACCAACUGUAGCCAUGUUUAUUGUUACUACUGCAUCAAGACCAAGAUGAUGAUCGACGAUGAGUGGUGCUGUCUCCGGUGCAAUAAGAGGGUGGAAGCCAUUGCCAGAUAUAUUGAGAUUGCAGAGGACAAGGCCUUGGAGAUUAAGGACGAAGACCAAGAGCUGGCCGACCCGGAAACAAGAGAAAUAGAGCAACCCCUGGACAGCACGUCCAGUGAGAAGGCAUAGAUGAAAUAAAGACCUUAGCGAGUCAUGUGAUGCUCAGCCGUUUGAACUUGAGGCCAUGCGGUCGGGC